AUGGCAGUAAAUGUCUAUUCAACUAAUGUUACGACGGAUAACUUGUCCCGUCACGACAUGCUCUCAUGGGUCAAUGAUUGCUUAAGAUCUCAGUUUACGAAAAUUGAAGAACUAUGUACUGGAGCUGCCUACUGUCAAUAUAUGGAUAUGUUAUUUUCUGGAUCAGUUCCGAUGAAACGAGUCAAAUUUAGAACAAACUUGGAGCAUGAAUAUAUUCAAAAUUUCAAGAUCCUUCAAGCUGCUUUCAAAAAAAUGAACGUUGAUAAGAUUAUUCCUAUCGACAGGUUGAUAAAGGGACGCUUUCAAGAUAAUUUUGAGUUUUUGCAAUGGUUCAAAAAGUUUUUUGACGCAAAUUAUGAUGGAAGAGAUUAUGAUGCUGUGGCAGCUCGCGAUGGUUUGCCAAUGGGAUUGGGCGUUGGAAGUGGAGCUCCCGCAGGCAAGUCAUUUAAUAGCAGCAGCAAUGGAAUUGCAAAAAAACCAAUAGUAGCGGCAACAUCAAUGCCUGCUCGUCGUCCACUACAAAAAGCUGCCCCAGCAAAAGCACCAGCACCAGCAAAUCGUACGACAGUGACUACGUCCAAUAAAUCGUCGGCAAAUAAUGUUUCGAAUCAGCAAGUCGAGGAGCUUUCAAAUCAACUUAUCGACAUGCGAUUGAAUUUGGAGGGAUUGGAGAAAGAACGUGACUUUUACUUUAGCAAAUUACGAGAUAUCGAGAUUCUAUGUCAAGAAGCCGAUGAAGGAGAAACGACACCAAUUAUUCAGAAGAUUUUGGACAUUCUUUAUGCAACAGAAGACGGUUUUGCACCGCCCGAUAUGGAAGAUCAAGGCGAAGAAGAAUAUUAA